AUGAAAAAUCACCUCAGCCAUGUAGUCGACAAGGCCCGGAACGCUAGAUUCGGUGGCAGAAGACGUCGAAACGAGGGCAUGGACACGGCAUCAAAGCUCCUUCUACUCAUUCCGCCAGAACUGUGGCUCCAAGUCUUCUCUCACCUCUCGUCCUCUUCCGCCGAUCUCAAGUCUGUCUCGCUCGUUUGUGAUACCUUCCGAGUCCUUGCGCAGCCGCUCCUGUUUACACGGAUUGCCAUCUACCCGAACUUUUCGCAUACAGCGCUUCCUCCACUGGCGCUGCGGUACACUGCCAACAAGUCCCGAAAGAAAGCAGCUCAGAGGCUCGACUUUUUCACCUCCCCGGGGGUGGCGCCGGCCGUCAGGGAAUGUUUGAUCUAUCCCCCUGCCGCCGAAGAGGAUGCGGAGACGUCUAUCGGAUCCCGGGACGAUGUCCUCGACGCUGCCUUCGACAGUCUGCGCAAGUUUCCUAACUUGCGCACGUUAGAGUGUCGUACGGUUCGCUUGACCGUCGCGCGCUUAACCAUCCUCCACGCCUUGCCACAACUGUCAGGCCUAAGCCUGGACUCAUGUGUCACAGACGAGAUGGUCGGACUGUCUCCCCUGGCGCUCUCCCAGGUCACGGUCCGGUCACCCGAGACAUCUUGCACUGAUUUCAGUAUCAUCCUGUCCCCUGCGCGCCUCCGCCGUCUAAUUGCGUUGACGAAUGACAUCGCUCCCGCACUCAGUGACAGCGGGCGCUUCGGCAAACUCAAGUACCUUGAGCUGCCGGCCCUGGCGCUUACCUCACCUCAGAUCGCAACUGCGUUGGCACAAUGCCCUGCCGUCGAGCGCAUGGUCAUCCACGUUGGCGCUGAUGGACAAGUCCCGCGAACGGGUGUCCCCACGGCGUUCCCGCCAACCCUGCUGCCAAAUCUCAAAUUCUACCGUGGGCCGCGGAACUUUGCAUUGCUUUUCGCGAGCACUGGUCUGGUCGCGACGAUUGAGAUCAGUACUCCUGCCAAGGCACACCGGCUGACGCGGACGUUUCGCUCCCUGCGCGCAUCUCCUCUGAGCGUCGCACGAGUCGAGUAUCUGUCAUUCCGUGUAGACGGGCCGAUGCCUGCUACGUUCUUGCGUUCGGUCCAUCGUGUGUUUCCGGCUCUGCGCAGCUUGAGUAUCAAUGAUCCGGCUGUUUCGGCGACGGAUCUGCUUGGUCUCCUGGCACACUCGUCUCCCAAGACAAGUAUGCGGCUGUUCCGGAUGCGUAUCGAGGGGAAGGAUCGAUACAAUCUUUGGGUUCCGCCGGUGGAAGAAGCUGAAGAUGUGAUAACUUGUUUUGGGCGGCUGAAGUCUGAGUUGGAGCGGGUGUAUCCAGGGCUAUCGGCCCUGCGGCUGAUGUAUGGGCUGGAAAAUGGGUCUGUUUUAUGGAAGAAACCAUCUUCUGGCACGACACUCGAGCAAUUGCCGAUCCAUUCAGAGGGCCGGCCGAUACACGCUAAACGACAUUCCAAGAACGAGCAUGCUCUCUCUGACCACUUGAGAUAUGCCCUCUCGUGAAAUACUGGAGCAGACGCCGUCAUUGUAUAUGUACCCCGGAGGAAUACCUAUCGCAUGUAAUAUCGCAUACUUAGACUACAUUUAGCAUUGGAUUGGAGAAAUCGAUAUCAUCUCAUUUUGGAGGCUU